UUUAUUCGUAUGGGCGUUCGUUUCACUUAUAAAACUCACUGCAUAGGCGUAACGCGCAGGGUACUGUACAGCGUGCAUACUCGGACAAAACUAUGAACAGGGGCUUCGACAAGUGUCGCUCCGUGUUGAUCACAGGGGCGAGCAGAGGCAUCGGGCUACAAAUGGUGAAAGAUCUGGUUAGACGCAAAGACAGACCGGCCAGAGUGAUUGCGACUGCCCGUCAUCCUACGGCUGCAAAGGAGCUGCAAGAUUUGUCCAAAACUCACUCGGGUGUACACAUUGUAACUCUUGAUGUGAUCAGUCAGGCCAGUAUAGAUGCAGCUGUACAGGAAGUGACAUCGCUGGUGGGUGAAGAUGGGCUGAACUGCCUCAUCAACAAUGCAGCCAUCGGUAUCCCCACUGACCUGGAGUCAGUAAAUGCUGAGGCCAUGAUGAAGACCUUUGAAAGCAACACUGUUGCUCCUCUUAUGGUUACCAAGGCGUUCCUGCCAUUACUGCGAGUGGCCGCUGCUCAGGGUUCCACAAUGGGCAUUGACAGAGCAGCUGUGGUCAAUAUUUCUUCUGUCCUGGGCUCCAUCCAGCUCAACUGGGGUGCUGGAGCAGCCUUCAAGAGCUAUGGCUACAGGACUUCCAAGGCAGCUUUAAACAUGGUUACGAGGUGUCUGGCCACAGACCUGGGAACAGAUGGAAUCCUAUGCAUGGCCCUUCACCCAGGAUGGGUGCGUACUGACAUGGGUGGACCUUUGGCAGAACUGUCUGUGGAGGAAAGCAUUACAUCAGUGCUGGCUGUAAUAGCUGGGUUGACAGAGAAGGAUCAUGGGGAAUAUCGAGACUAUGCAGGGAAACCCCUCCCCUGGUGAAGAUUUUUG